ACGGACGUUCAUAUCGCUGGACGUGGCUGACGUGUGUUGUGUUGUGUACUCUAAGGGAGAAGAAGGUUGUGUUCUGUUGUUUCUUGCAAACUCUCCUCACCGCAGACGCGGAACCUCCUCAGCCGGGGCACCUUACAUUUGGGUGUACGGAGGAGCCCAAAAGUGCCACCACCAACACUCUGUUUUCGGCACUACUUUUCCUCGCGUUCAUUUCGGACCCCGACGGAUGGCCGUAGUGUAGUCGUGUGGUAGUCGUGUUUCGCAAAACAUAAACAUCAUAAUAGCACUGCUUAUGAGAAUCUGUCUAUUUUCCAUUUUUGAUAACGAAACGAUACAUACAUCCGGGGGACACAGACGCAAUCCAGCAAAAGUGACUCAAGUUCCCAGACUGAAAAUAGGAAAAAUACAAUAAUCAGCGCUGAUUUAUUGACUUUUCUUUGGAAACAAAAGAAACCACUCUCAAAUAAAUCUAGCGUGAAAAUCGGUGUCAUCACUCAACUGGCAGAACACAGACGAACAGUGUAUUUAGCAAUACAAAAAACUUGUCAAUUGGCUUUGCUUCGUUGGCAACAGUGACGGUGUACAAGUGACGACAAAACAAUCAAACAUCAAAAUUUGCAGUGAAUGUAUCAAAACGUUGAAGAAAUCGUGACUUGUUGUUGACUUGAACCGAUCGAAUCCGAACAGUGGUCCCCCAAAGGUAAAGUGCGUGCAUCACCCCUUCGGCGGCGGCAGGAUUCUCGAAAUUUUGCACGCUUCAGCGAUCCUGAGUGGGCCACAAGAAGCAGCUUAGGCCGUGUGUGCACGGUGCAACAGUAGUGGGCAGGGGUUUCGCGCUUCGCUGCACAUGUCUUUGAAACACAACAAUGGCCGCUCGGGCGGUCAGUGAGCGAUUUGACCACACAAGCCGGUACUGAAGUCUCGAGUGCUUUGCGAAACUUUCCUUUCUGACGCCUCCCCUUCGGUCAAGUGUUGCAAACCUUUUGGCGUCGCCGGAAAAUCAAAAGUGAAACGAUCCACGUUCUAAAGGUGGUAUUUAUCGGUCAGUUGGUGGAAAAUUCAAACCGGAGUGGAUCGUACGUGCAUAUGAAAGAAAAAUCGACUGCGGUGGGAAAAAGUGAAAAUUGAGUUAUCCCUCAAACAUCCUCCAGUGAUCGGUUGAGUUUGGUGAAUGUAUGGAUUCCAGCGCUAAUUGCAUCCAAAUGAAAGGAGAAUAAUAGCAGCAGCGCGGUUUAAGCAAAAGAAAAGCAGUGGCAUCCAGUAUCCAGUAGUUGAAUAUCCAAUCAGUUUUUGAACAAAUCUCAGUUUCGAAAACAAAGGCCUCCGCCACCGCCUCCGAAGAGUGCGAGUGAUAAAAAUUUAUAGCUAAUUGAUCGUUUUCCCCGGGUGCACCUCGAGAGGCGCUUCGCCAUUCAUCCGCCGAACGAUUGGCGUGUUGUUUUGGAUGUGAGCAAGAAAAAGGGAAAAUUUUGGUCAGUUUUUUUUUACUUCUCGCCCGUCAGCGGGAAAAAGGCGCAAUUAGACUCGCGCGCGUGCGAACGGCUGCAGUCAACAGUCGGAAGGCGGAGAAGAAAAAGAAAAAGAAGUUGAUGAAAAAUUUACAAAACGAAGAAAAUUGAAGAGUGCGAUAAAAUAUAGCGAAACAUACAAAAAAAAUCCAUAGCGGUUCAUCGAAAAGUGAAACAACUAAAAGCAACAACUACAACUACAACAACAACAACAAAAGCCAAAGCGCCUCUGAAGAAAAAUUCGAAUCCAAAAGUUAAGUGAAGUUAUACACACUCUGUGUGAGGUGUCUGUCAGUUUUUCUUCUUCAGAUUGUUGCGUGUGGAAGUGGAAGUGCAUUUCUUUGGUUUUGUUUCAUCAUCAUUACUGCCAUUAUCAGUGCUAUCGGUGGUGAAAAAUUACACUUGGAGAAAAAAAACUUUCGGAUUUACAUGCACGCAUACUCGAAGAAACGGUUGGAAAAUUGCGUGCUGCAUGAGAAGAAGAUGCAGCAGAAGAAGAAGCAGUAAGAAGGCGAGAGACCAACGACGAAGACGUGAACUUUUACGUGAACUCAUUGCAAAUGACAGGAGCUUUAUACCCCGACCUGUACACACUUGAACCUACAACAACAACAUCAACAUCAACCCAUAGCAACGCGGUGACAAAGAUCUGUUUCCAGCCCGUAGCUUUCUGCAAACCUGCCCCUCCCUAGUCUGCCUCCAAUAGCAAUCGACCAACGCAAGCCUGUGGGCCUCCUAACUAAUUUGAAGCUUUGAGCAGAGCACCCGCAAGAACCACGACGCCGUUCGACGCCACUUGCAGCAGUACCAACAGCAGCAGCAAUCGAGUUCAAGGCUUUCCUUGGACCAAUCAAUCGACACUUUGUAAUUUGCGCCCAACGAGUGGUAGUAGCAGUGCCAAGGGCUGAAGAGCUUGAAACAAAUGGGCUUUGGUGUGUGCCUGUGGGUCGAUUGAUAUGCAUCGCGUAAUUUAAUCUAGAGCGGUGGAUUGUUUUUUUCUCUUUCGAAAAAGCCUCGCGGUAUUGUGUGUAUUGAGGUGUGUGUGUAUGUAUGUGCCAGACUUGAGCAACAACACGGCUGGUGUAUGGUGGCGGUUGGUUGGUGCUCGAGUUACGUAAAGUUUCAGUAGCGAGCAGUGAGAAGAAAUUGUAGCUGAAAACUGCUAAUUUCCGUUAGAUAAUUUUCCGUUCCACAAGCAAAGUGCAGAGGAAAAACAGAAAAAUGUGAGAGUUGUUGGAAUUGUGUUGCAGCUUCGUACCAAGAUUUGCACGGUGCUGUUUUCGGUUCAUAUUAUGUGAUUUAAUUAGUGUGCGCAACCUUCAGAGUUUCAGAGCAUGCAUACGGCAAGGACCAUGUGAUUUCCAUUCGAAGAAAACUAACGAGCAUCGCACGAAUCUAAUUGAGAGUCAAUUUCCGCUUCUAAAACGGAAAUUUGUAGUGUAACAUGGCUUCUAGUGACAAAUCAACGACGAAUGAAACAUCGGCCGGACCGGACCGGAAACUGGAGCCGGCAGGCGGAGGUGAAGCCGGCAAGGAUGAGGUGGACUUUGUGCCGAAAGUGCCCACCUCGGUUGACAGUGAAGCGUGUCUGACCUGCAGCAAAAAUCAGAAAACCAGUGGGACCCUGAACAACAACUGUUCCCACGGAAAAACCCUGGACAAAUUCAACAUCUUUCACCUGAAGCGUCGACCGAAAAGUGAUCCCGGAACGGGAACCAUUGCCAAGCAUGCCCAGCAACGGGAGGAGGCUAACGAUGCCAGUAACAACAACAACAACAAUAACAACAACAGCAACAAGAAGAAGAAAUCUCGUUUUGUGAAAAGUGCGUCCAUAGCGCGGAUUUUCGGUAAUAACUACAAUACCAAAAAGUACGAACAGGAUAGUGGAGCCCUGCUAAAGCUCCAGCAGUUGAAGCGAAGCUUUCUCAAUAGUGAAAAGUUCCACAAGAAGGAUCCCGCCACGGCGAACGCCAGUGAUAGUCAGGAACCGCAGAUUGGCGAUGGAUGCUACGUGAAUGAUAGUGAAAGUAAGACCAAAGCGAUCCUAUCGAUAACGCGCGGUUUGGGGCGGCUUUGGAGGAGAAAUAGCCACAGCAUCGAGAUUAGCCGACCGGAUCCGGAGUUUAAGGUGUCCUACCUGGGCAAUGUACUCACCGGAUGGGCAAAAGGUGAAGGUUGCGUGGAAAAACCGCUGGCCACGCUGUGGAGGAACUACACCCAGAACAGCAAACCGGACGUGCUGAUGAAGCUGUGCCUGUGCCCUUCGGGACUGAAAGCCACCACCCGGCAGCACGGCCUCACGGAGUACUGGUCCCACCGGAUAACCUACUGUACGGCGCCAAAGAACUACCCACGGGUCUUCUGCUGGAUCUACAGGCACGAGGGUCGAAAGCUGAAGCACGAGUUCCGCUGCCAUGCGGUCAUCUGUUCCAAAGAGUCGGUUGCUAAGGAAAUCAGCACCACGCUGAAGGAAAACCUAGCCAAAGCCCUGCAGGAGUUUAAGCGGGACAAGCUGAACCGGCAAAAUGCCCGGCUCAGCUUGGCCAACAGCGUGUACGACAACCCGAGCAUGCCGCGGCGGAAGAUCAUGCUCAGUGUCGGUGCCAACAACUAUCGACCCCCGCUGGAACGGUCCAAAUCGGCUCCGAAGCUAAUGGCAAUCGAGGAAAUGAUCGCCGAAGAGGACGAAGAAGAAGACGAAUCGGCUGGAGCGAGUAAGCCGGUGAGCAAGAGUCAAGGCGAUGAUAUCCGAGCGUGCUGCAAGGAGGAUUCAUUGUUCCCAUCAACCACGCUGGGUAGGCGAAGAUGCCGGAGGGGGCACUCGAUUCGGAGAUCCCGGCUGAGAAACUCGUUCAAAUCACCCAAAGCCGUUGAAGCCAAAGUACCGUUGAAGAAUGAAAAUGUCGUGCAGGAAAACCCCAUGAAUAAGUCAGUGGAUUCGAUCUUGGAUACAAUCAAGCAGGAGGAGGAAGAUGAGCACUUGGCUGAAAGCGAAGAACUUACGGGAGAUAGUCAAACCGUAGUGAAAGCGGUUCACCACUCUGAUUCGUCCGAAGACGACUUCGAAACAUUCCUCAUGAACUACAAUUAUAAUUCCAAAGAGCCUCUGUCGUCGGAGCUUAUAUCGUAUCUGGACAUGAAACUGAGUCCCAAAGUGACGGCCAGCAUGCACGAUCUGAGCAGCAGUCAGCGAGAAGACGAAGCCGAAACCGGAAGACGGUUAGAAGAUGCACGGUUAGCACUAAGCUUGGAUGAUUUGGAUAACUACGGCGAGGAUACCGAAGACCACGAAGAUACUGAAGACGACGUGUUCUUCAACAAGAACGACGUCCUUGAAAUACUUCGCAGCACGGUCAAAUCUGCAAACAGCUAUACUUCUGGCGAGGCACCCUGCGGCGACGAUGAUACUGCUCCGCCGUCGUUGCUUUGCGUAGCGAAUAAAAUAUCCGGCAACUCGGACAGCGAUGAAGGUUCCAUCUCCAGCGGCUGUGAGACCUCCAGUACAGUUACCACCAAUACUGAUGAAUCCACUGCGGCCAUUCUCAUCAAACCUUGCUCCGUUCUUGAACGGGUUCGAAGCUUUGAGCAACUCGCCGAACAUCCAGUCAUCCACGAACCGAUUGGCGAAAAGACUCCUCUCGGCAAACACCACCACGACACGUCCAUUUUCAAGCGCAGCAUUACAUUCCCGGCUCCUGGUGUGAAGACGAGCUUCCUCCUUCCGGUCUCCUCAAGUUCCAUCGUCCACGAGGAAGAAUCACUCUCCGAGGACCCGAUGGACUCGCUCACAACAUCGCCCACGCCAUCUUCAGCGAAACCCUCAACAUCUUCCAGUGCUCCCUCAGUGCGUCGCCUCAAAUCCACGGUAGCCGCCGUCAAUAAGGAACUAAUUAACCACCUACAGGCAACGGAUUCCGAUUCGGACCUCAGUGAUGAAUCCGGUUACGUAGAAUUCCAGGAUCAUCAGCCUUCCAAAAAGUCCGUGACGGCCUGAGGAUUCGCUCCUGGGAAGUGAGAGUCGAGCUGAGUUGAUUUCUCGUUUCCUUGGCGAAUCGCGACGGCUGGAGAACACGGGUUCGGGUGCAAAGAUCUAGUGAUUUAGCUUUAUAUCUGUUAUAACUUACUGGUGUAGAUUUGUAAGCAGAGAGAAGCAUCACAAAGCGUUUAGAUAGCGUUGUUUUCGGUCGCUCUUGAAAUUGUUAAAAUGUCUAUGUUACUUUCCAUUGCCCGCCAACCCCGGUACGAUCAAUGGACGAAUGGCGAAUCAAGAGCGUAAACCACAUACCAAAUAAUUUAUUAUACUAACCCUAUGUUUCGAUAUUUACACUAUAGAGAUCUUACAAACAGACGACCAGUUGGUUAAUAGAUAGAUGCAGAAGGGAAUUAACUAAAUAAUAUUCAUUAGGAACCAAGUGAUUAGUCGUCACAUCACAAAGCUGGGUUUAAGAGAGGGGAGGGUCUACAUUUAACUGAGGAAUUUUACAGGUACCUUUUUUACCUUAUUCUAAAUGAAAACAAACUACCCUAUAUCAAGAGAGAACAAUCACAAUCACCACCCUUCCACCCACACUCACGUACAAGUUGUCUUAUUCAAUAGAAACUAACCCAAGCAUUAGUACCAAAACUGAUUCUAAAUAGUGUGUAGCAACGAUGGAUUGACGUUAAAUGAAUAUUUUCGAGAUAAAAAAAUGUCGUCUAUCUAGAACUUCUGGGACCCCUUUGUCACCGUCGUCGUCGUCGCCGAGUGGCACUGAUUGAAAGAAUAUAAAUUUAAACACGAAAAAACAAAAGGACUUAAAUCUGUAAACUGUGAAAUUAUACUAACAAGCGAGAAGAUUAUAGUGAAUACGAUGAGAAUGAAUAUAGAUGACUAUAUUUAUUGCGAUAGAUGAUAUUAAUGAAUGUUUCAAAAUUUAUGGAAAACUGAACAAUAAACUAUUGGAUGAAAAACGA